GCUGCCGGCGCUUGGCCUCGGCCUCUGCCUCCGCCCUGUGAAACCAGUGUCCCCGGUGUGGGUGGGAGACCAACAAGACUCCGCCCCAGUUCCCGCGGUCGAUUCUGCCGCCGCGACGACCGCAGGGCUCAGGCCUGGAGGACAGGAGUGCAGUGCGGUGUCAUGCGAUGAUACACGCCUCUGUCACAAUGCCCCUCGCCUCCAAUCCUUGGUCGUUAGCAAAACCUGGCGAGUUUGAGCUGCCAAGGCCCGACCACGGGUCAGAAGACCCUCCACCACCACUACCCCCAGGGACUCUAAUUGCCCCCCUCCCCCGGCCAGUGUCUUAACCGCACCAAGUUUACGCCCGCCCGCAAGCAGAUUGGUGUGGGGUGAUAGCGAAGAUGCGCUCUUCCGCCUCUGAUGCAGAAUUUGAUGCUGUGGUUGGAUAUUUAGAAGACAUUAUCAUGGAUGAUGAGUUCCAGUUAUUACAGAGGAGUUUCAUGGACAAGUACUACCAGGAGUUUGAAGACACGGAAGAGAAUAAGCUCGCCUACACACCUAUUUUUAAUGAAUAUAUUUCUUUGGUAGAAAAGUAUAUAGAAGAACAGCUGUUGGAGCGGAUUCCUGGAUUUAACAUGGCGGCUUUCACUACAACUUUACAGCACCAUAAAGAUGAAGUGGCCGGUGACAUUUUCGACAUGCUGCUCACGUUUACGGAUUUUCUGGCUUUUAAAGAAAUGUUUCUGGACUAUAGAGCAGAAAAAGAAGGCCGGGGACUGGACUUAAGCAGCGGUUUAGUGGUGACUUCAUUGUGCAAAUCUUCUGUGACAGCUUCCCAGAACAAUCUGCGGCCCUAGGUCCCACCUCCAGGUAAUGGGAUCUUUCUAGACAUCACCAGCCCAAUAGACUGGGAGAGGCUUUGGCUAAUGAUGUCAGAAGAAUACAUCUUGGAAUGACUGACUGUUCUGCAACUCUUCGUUAAUGUUAAGUAUUGAUGGGUCAGAAGAAAAUGACCUGACCUUCCUGGGACACAUUCUUGUCUUCAGUAACCCUAGUACUCCCACCUGAGUAGACACCUCUUUCAGGAGCUUCUGAGUCUGGCUCCUGCACCAAGCGCAAGUCCAGCAUUCCACCUGGGGGGCACUUCCCCAGCAUACGUGUUGGUGUGUCCAUGUUGGAAGAACCCCCCAUCACCAACUCUCUUGGCCCAGCAGGCCUUGCAUGUCCCGCCAGGCUUUUUGUGCACUCACAGCUUUUUACAUGGGUCAGAGUUUCAGUCCUGCAGCCUCAAUGGGCUUUUUGACUGGGAGUAUUUGUCUAGGGUUUAACUCAAGCUAGGUGCCCAUCUCAAGAUUUCUGAAACUCCUACUAUCACAGCUAGUCUUGGCUGUAGGAAUCGACUUAGAGAGUUGUCCUUUACCUAAAAAGUUACUUGUGAAAAUCAGUUCCUAGUCUUACAUGUACAGUCCUGGUAUCACUUCACUGUCUUCUACUGGUCCUGAUGUACUCCCAUUGUUUCUAUAACUCUCGUUUAUGUUUUUGAAAACAUAUUUUUAUAGAUGAAUACUCAGGCUAACCUAGUGGAUGUAAUCUUGGAAUUUCCAUGAUUACCCACUUCAAGAUCAAAGUAUUAUAUUGCUGUGUGCUUUUUAGCUGUUAGUGCUAUGAAAGCAAAAAUGCUUUCUGUGUUGGUGUUCCUAUUUUACUGGGCACCAAUGAAUGUAUGCUGGAAGUAGUCUAAAAGGUUUCCUUUUCUUAGAGCAUGUUAGUAUUUGUGCAGGUUUGCUUAAAACCCUUUCUGUGUAAAACAGCUCCUUAGGUUUUCUGUUGGGGUAGGGGCUCUGCACUUCCUUCUUGCUGUCAAAAUAAUCUUACCAAGAUAGUGUUCCACUGGUCUAGCUCAGUAGGAGACAGCAAACAGCUUUACUGGUCAUCUGUCUGCUUGGAUUUAGUACAAUGUUUGAUAGAACAUUACUGACCAGAAAACAUGGAUGUCACCUCUCUAGAAAGAAAUACUGUAGUAGUUCAAUUCCCAAUGUGUACCUUAGUUUUUUUGUUGUUGUUUUUAUUUUUAUUUUUCAAGUAAAAAUAAGAAUCUCUACUGACUUUUCACUUGGCUGUUCUGGUUUUAAAGGAUGAGCUAGCUGUAGGCUGUGCGUUUUUCUGUACCGAUGUGGCGCUUAUUAAAUACUUUUGUACCAUGA